AUGCGAUACAAAGAAGAGGCGAUUGGAGGGCUCAUCCUCUUGGCUUCCGUGGCCACGACGUGGGUCUUUGAAUCGUCCGUCGUGCGCAGUAUCAGGAGCUUCGAGGAGGGAAGAUCCGCGGCGGUUUCGCUCUCUGCCCCCCGUUUUUCACCCAGCACCGAAGACCAACUGAUUCAUUUCUCCGGAUUGAUCACCACUGCUGUGUCUAAAGACGAUGCUAUAACGACGAAUGAACUGCCGGAAAACAAAGUGGCGCUCCGACGCAGUCCAUUUGUACUGGACUUGACAUUUGGCGUUGCAGCAAAAGGCGUGCGUCUUUAUCGUCAUGUCCAGAUGCUGCAGUGGGUCGAGACGUCGCACACGUCAAUGAGCAGCUCUCCUGAGGACGAAGACCGGCGGUUUGACGAUGAUCGAGAGCGGACGUUCAUGUAUGACAUGCGCUGGAAAGAAGAUGUGGUGGAUAGCAUGAGGUUCAAUGAUCCGAGCUAUUCGAAUCCACCGUCUGAAGCUUGGACGUACACGUCGCUUGUCGUGACAGCGACGGAUCUCGUGGUGGGCGAAUAUGCGCUGCCUCAUGGGCUAGUUGAUCAGAUUGAACGUCGAGAUGUCGUGCAUCUGGACACUGCAAGUCGUCGAGUGAUGGCCAAUGUGCUGGAUCAACGCAAAGGAGCAGGAUGGGAACAAGCUAGUGCGUUGACGAACGUGUCAGUGGAAGACGACUACUUUUAUUUCCGGAGGGAAGAGCCUGUGCUAGGCGAUCAACGGGUGCGCUUUGAAGUGACGCCAAACUAUCCAGUGACUGUGUGUGCCAAGCAAAAAGGACACGAGCUGGUGCCGUUCACAAGCUCAAGUGGUGAAGUGCUUUUUCUACUGAAGGACGGAAUCAUGACUGCGAAUGAGCUGUUUGACAAAGCGACGUAUACAGAGGUGCGCAAGACCAGGUUCUUCCGGCUAUUUGCAGGUGUGCUAGGCUUUAUCGGCUUCCUUGUGCUGCGCCGACCUCUUCUUGAGCGCUACGGAGCACUCCCAGCUGGUAUUCAGCAGCACGUGUUGGCAAGCAGCUUGAGUGCGGCACUCACGUUUUCAGUCGUUGGCGCUGCGUGGAGUCUCUACAGACCGUUGUGGGCUCUUGUACUCUGGCUCGGUGGCUGCACGCCUCUAGUUGGUCUCUUCCUCUUUUCCCGCACGAAGCAAGAGCGAAAAGCUCAAUAA